CGUCGUCUCUAUCACGGCUAUCUACCUGCUGAACCUGACUGACGACUCGGACAUGAGUAACGGCAGUGUGGAGUCUUUGCAGCCGACAGCCUGGAGCAGCCCAGUCCCCCCUACCAGCCCCCCCGGCCCUUGGCCCCCAGAUGUGGACUUCUGUGAGCUGCUGUACUGUGACCAUGUGUACUGCUGCCCUCCAGUGGGCAGCACUGAGCCCAACAUCACCUCCACGCAGACAUCUCAUAUGUCAGAAAAAAGAAAAGAACAACUUUACGACCAGAUGAAACUUGCUGGAGAUUGGACGAACACCACCAUCCAAUCCUUUUUGAUCAAAGAGAGCCAGCAGGUGAUUGACAGCAAAUACUGCCUGAGAGCCGAAUGUGGGCCCGGGAGAUACGUCUUCAGAGUUCCUGUCAGUCAGUUUGUCCCGGUCAACAUGAGAGUCACGCUGAUCAUGAACUCCACAGAGCUGCUGGUGGUUCACCUCUGCAGCCUCGAUGAGUCGGCGCCUUGCUCUGCUCUGCUUGAUCUAGACAGCGUCUCAGGGAGCAGAUACCCGUCAAACACACAGGGAGAACAUGAAUGGAAUCUCCACGUUGCUCGUCUUUAUCACAGCUCGUAUCACUUUCGCUCCACAGUGGCC